AAAAAUCUAGUUCCGUCACUCUAUGCCUCUAAAGCAGCUGAACAGCGCAGCUUGAACUCAUCUAUUUUCCUCGUCCCCUUCCAUUUUCAAGCCAUAACCCCCCUCCAAAAAAACAAAAUAAAAUAUACUCGGAGUGAUUAAUUGAAUUUAUUAUUAAGAAUAAUAAAGUGCCUGUGGUUGUUGGGUGCUUGCAGUGCGUGGCAAUGAAGACCAUGGCAAUUGCCUACACGCCCCCUCUGUUUUCGCCCUUUUUAAAUGUCAAUUUAACAAGGUUAUCUUCUUCUCUCUUAUUACCAUUUUGCCACUCCUCUUUCUCUCCGACUCUCAGUCGUUGUCGUCGUCGACCUCGCUUUCUUUCCAUGGCUUCUCCAACCCAGUCUUCCAAUCAGGCUGUGUCAACUGGGGAUGUUAACACUGAUGCCGAUGUCUUCCAGUUGAUCCGAACUCACCAGGAAAAUGCAGCUCGGCUUCCCCCGGUUGAAGAAAUUAGAACUUUGCUUAAUCAGAGCACGCGUGGCAUGCUUUCAACUUAUUCUCAGAAGCAUGAGGGUUAUCCAUCAGGGUCAAUGGUUGAUUUUGCAUGUGAUGCUGAUGGUUCUCCAAUAUUAGCAGUCAGCAGCUUGGCAGUUCAUACAAAGGACCUAUUAGCCAAUCCUAAAUGCUCAUUGCUUGUUGCCCAAGAUCCUGAAGACAGGACAGAUUUAGUAAUCAUCCUGCACGGUGAUGCCAUUCCUGUUUCUGAGAAAGAUAUAACUGCAGUUCGAACAGCAUAUCUAGCAAAGCAUCCUGAUUCAUUCUGGGUUGACUUUGGUGAUUUCCAAUUUAUGCGCAUUGAACCAAAAGUUGUGCGAUAUGUUUCGGGAGUUGCAACUGCUUUGCUUGGAUCCGGCGAAUUCAGCAAAGAAGAGUAUCAGACUGCUAAAGUUGAUCUAAUUGCUCAGUUUGCCAAACCUGUUGCGUCUCAUAUGAACAGAGAUCAUGCUGAAGAUACAAGACUCAUAGUGCAACACUCAACAUCAAUUCCGGUGGACUCUGCUUAUAUGCUGGAUGUGGACAGUCUUGGAUUCAAUGUUAAGGCUGCUUAUCAAGGAAAAACUUACAAGCUUCGAAUUCCUUUCCCUAGACGUGCAGAGGAUAGAAAGGAUGUGAAGACUCUGGUAGUAGAAAUGCUUCAAGCUGCGAAAUCUCAAAUUAACUGAUACCAUGCUGAACAGAUAGGAAGAGGAUUCUGCACGAUGUCAGAAAGUGGAUCCUCAUAUGUAAAUGAUGUUACUGUAUACGAUGUUUCUGGAACACAUCACAGACAAAUACAAACAUCAUAUCUGCAAACUAAACAAUCAUCUGGCUUUUGGCUUGUUCCUCUGUGAACUAUUGACAUUUAUCAUGUUUUCUAAGAGGUAACAUUGUAGAGGGUCAGAAUAAGAAAAGAUCUUGUAUAAGUUUGUAAAGAAUGUCCAUUUAUAGUUGUUCAACACUUUUCUUCUGCU